AUUAGAAGUUUUAUUUUUCAUCAAAAUUUACAAGUUCACGCAAGUUGAUAAUAAAACUCAUUUACUUCCGCCAAUUAGCCCCGCCCCUUGGCGUCACUUCUUGUAAACAAAGCAGCUGUCUUUCGUCUUGUGGUCCUUCGUCCUCGUUCCUUCCAACUUCAUCACUUUGGGGGACGAUGGCCCAGGCAGGGGUGGUCCUGGACAAAGAUCAGUUCACCUGCUCUGUGUGUCUGGAUGUCCUGCGAGAUCCGGUGACCAUCCCGUGCGGCCAUAGCUACUGCUCCGACUGCAUCCGCAACUACUGGGACCAGGAUGAAUACCUCGGCGUGUUCAUGUGCCCCCAGUGCCGACAAAGCUUCAGCCCGAGGCCAGCCCUCGCCCGCAGCACCUUGCUAGCCGACGUGGUGGACCGAUUCCAGCGUAGCGGACUCCAGGAGGUCCCGGCAGGCGGAGGGGGGCAACAACAACAAAGCCUGGCGGAGGCCGGCGACGUGGAGUGCGACGUGUGCCCCGGGAGGAAGAACAAGGCGGUCAACUCUUGCUUGGUGUGCCUGGCGUCGUACUGCGAGCUGCACGUCCGGCCCCACCACGACUCGGCCGUAUUUAAGAAGCACAAGCUGGUGUCAGCCUUCAAGAGGCUCCAGGAGAGCGUGUGCCAGCGUCACGAUAAGCUGCUGGAGGUCUACUGCCGCACGGACAAGCAGCGCAUCUGCUCCAUGUGCCUGGCGGAUGAACACAAGGGACACGACACCGUGCUGGUGGAGGUGGAAAUACAAGUGCAGCAGAGACAGCUGGGUGAGAUGAAGCUCAGCUCCCAGCAGAGCAUUCAGCAAAGAGAGAAGGAAGUUCAAGAGCUAAGACAAGCCAUAUUUUCUCUUAAUCGUUUAGCUCGGCUGGCGACGGAGACAAGCGACGGCGUCUUCACCGACCUUGUCCGCAGCAUGGAGCUGAAGCGCUUCGAAGUGCGUGAGUUGAUCAAGGCUCAGCAGAAGCAGGUCGUGAGUCAGGCCGAGCGGCUUCUAGAGAAGAUCCAAAAGGAGAUCACUGAGCAGAAGAAGCGAGAGGCCGAUCUGGACCGGCUGACCCUCGCCGACGACCACCUGCUUUUCCUUCAGAGCUGUCAGGCGCUGGAAGCGCUGCCGCCCGUGACGUCGCCGAUCCCUGCCAUCGCCGUGGAACCCGGCUUGACGUUUGCCACAAAAGCCGUGUGCGACUUUAAAUCGCUGUUGCAAGAGUUUUGCCAGGAUGGCUUCGUCAGCAUCUAUGAGAAAGUGAGAGAAGUGGUGAUCACGGCUCCCCCCAAUUUGCCCGUCCACAUCGACGUGACCGGGCCCUCGGCUAAUGUGACAGCACCCUUGGCCGAAAUUCACCCCCCUGUACAAAUGGAGGAGACAGAGUUCCUGUCACCUGGUUUGGACCAAAGCCACAUGAGCCCACUCAACCCAUUCCUAAGCCCAGGACCGGUUGUGCCCAUUUUUGUCUUCUCGGCUUCUGGUUGGUUCCAAAUUGUCUACGGGCUCCAAGCAGAGGAACCAUCAGCGCCGCAGUCAUCUCAGAAAGAAAUGAGACCUUUAGACAUCAUUUCACACUCAAAACCUUAAACCUUGAUCAUCAAGCAUCAGUGUUUUCCUCUUUUGACAUACCACUUCACUAUAUUUUUUUUGUAAAAAAAACUGGGAACUACAGUAUUUACUUACUUGUUGGCGUCAGUGUUGUGUCGAUCAAAUGAGCAGAGUCUCACACACGUAGACACACAAACGCCAAAUGCAUUACAGGACUGAAGAGAGUGUUGUAGUAAUUUUUUAUUAGUUUUUACACAUCAUUAGUUACAUUUGGUUUUACAUUUUAUGACAAUGUGACUAUUUUUUUUUGUAAUCAUUCAUACAGACAUAACAUAUUAUUUUGGUUUGUGUCAUGCUGACAAAAAAAACUGAAUUGUGAAUGCUGUUUACAGAGUGUCAACAAACAUAAAGAUGCAGUGUAUUUGGCUUUUUUGCAUGUAUUUAUUGUGUUUAUACAAUGAUAUCAAAUAUGGAUACUUUCCAAUGUUGAAAUAAAUUGACACAUGACGGUAAAUCAA